AUGGUGUUUGCGCUUCUUCGUUGGAUCGUCACGUCUGUGCUAUUUCACGCUGGACUUGCCUAUGCCGCAUUUGUCGCGUUGCGUCUGCCCCGCAAUAGAUCAGCGGCAGCGGCAGGUGGCGCUGAUAGCGAGGACAGCAGUAACAGUGAGAGCAACGAUGCAAGCAACAAAGGCUCUGGGAAGGACCUUCCGUUUAGUUCGCUGAAGCUGUGGCUCAUGCUCAGCUUCCUCACGUCGCUUUCCUACGUUGGUGCGGAGCGUAUCCCUUUCUUCCUCGAGUCACGUGUACUCUUCACGUGGCUUCUCCUCGUUGUGCCACCCGCCUCGCAUGUGAAGGUAUACGAUAGUGCGUUCGAACCGCUGCUGGGGCGUAUUGGAAAGGCUGUAUACACUCUGGAGAGCAAUCAGCUGCUGGCGCGGAAGGCUGGGCUGAAGAUCGUGCGUGGCUGCGUGGAGUUGGGGCUCUGCGUCAUCAACUACAUUAGACGGUGUGAGGCGCUGGAUGCGGAUGUCAUCGAGGGUAUUGAAAGCGGCCUCCUGCACGCUCGUGGCGCCUUACGGGAGGCGGAGUUAGUGCGGACGAGUGAUAGCUCUCCCUCAUUUUCUCCCACUGCGGCGGUGCUAUCCUGCUAA